AUGUCCGAACCAAUCAAGAAAAAGAACGGAGACAUUUCCAAAGCCCCCACCCCACAGAAUACCCCAGCGAGCGUCACAAGCUCCUACUUGAAGUCGCAACCACCCACGGUGCCCACCAUUGAAGAAGGCAACGAGAACAAAAUCAAUCAAACAUUAGCCAACAAUCCCGUUUUGUUGUCCAUGAUCCAGGGCAAAUUGGGUGAUUUGGUGGGUAAGAGCAGCGGAUAUGUGGCUAACUUGCCACCAGCGGUUAAGGAUCGUGUUUAUGGGUUGAAGUCGAUACAACAGCAGCAGAUGAAGCUAGAGGCUGAGUUUCAGAGGGAGUUGUUGGAGUUGGAGAAGAGGUAUUUCAAGAAGUAUGAACCGCUUUAUGCGAAGAGGAAGCAGGUUAUUGUGGGGGAUGUUGAGCCCAGUGAGCAGGAGAUUGAAGAAGGAAAAGCACUUGAAGAGAAGGAUGAGGACGAGGAGGAACAAGAUGAUGAUGAUGAGGAGCAAGAGGAUGCUGAAGGGACAGUUGGUAAAGAUGCCAAGGGUAUCCCUGGAUUCUGGUUGACUGCAUUGGAGAACUUAUCCACAGUAUCGGAAACCAUUACCGAUAGGGAUUCAGAAAUAUUGGAGCAUUUGAUUGAUAUUCGUAUGCAAUACUUGUCGACACCGGGGUUUGAAUUGAUUUUCGAGUUUGGCGAGAAUGAAUACUUGUCCAAUUCAACCUUGACCAAGACUUAUCAUUACCAAGCUGAGUUGGGAUACAGUGGUGAUUUCGUUUACGAUCAUGCAACCGGGUGUGAAAUCAAUUGGAAGUCGAAAGAGAAGAACCCAACUAUCAAUAUUGAAAGAAGGAAACAAAGAAAUAAAACCACUAAGCAAACUAGAACUAUUGAGAAGAUUACUCCAACUGAAUCAUUUUUCAAUUUCUUUGAUCCACCAAAACCACCAAAAGUUGGCCACGGUGAAAAAGGUUCAAAUGGUCAAGGUGAAGAUGAUGAGGAGCGGGACAAAGACAAUGGCGAUGAAGAGGAUGAAGAUGAAGAAGAUGAGGAUUUAGAAGCUAGAUUGGAGUUGGAUUACCAAUUGGGUGAAGAAAUCAAGGACCGGUUGAUUCCAAGAGCAGUUGAUUGGUUUACCGGUGAUGCUGUUGAUUUCGCAUACCCUGAUGAGUUUGACGGUGAUGAAGAGGACGAGUUUUCUGAUGAAGAUGGUGAAGACGAAGACGAGGAUGAUGAUGAGGAUGGUGGUGAAGCUGGACAAGAAAAACAGCCACCAGCUGAGUGUAAGCAACAAUAA